AUGAAACUGUUGUGGUCUUGGGACGGGGGCCACAUAUUCGCACAAGAUGCGGCAGCAGAUGUCCACGUCUAUGACGCUCUGACAUUCAAGCACCUCCGCACCCUAUCUCCCCCAGACAUCUACAAGGAAAUGUCUGGAGAUCAGGUUCCCAGACCCUGGGACCACAAUCUGCAUAGGGGAUCAUUGACGCUAUCGGCGGAUGGACGAUAUCUCCUUUCCAACGUCGCGCUGCCAACCUCCCUUUCCAAACACUCUGUCGGAUUCAGACACAACUCGAUCUGCGUCUGGACACUCGCCACCGGUUCCUGCGAAGCCCACUUCCUCCGCCAAUACCACGACGGCCCGGUCCCAGAGGCCGACACGUACCUGUACGCGACCGCCCUCCGCCAGGACACCAGAAGUCCCGGACUCGAGCACCGCGCCCACGUCGUCGUGAUGUGCGAAAACGGCACCCUGCUCACCGCCGCGGUCGGCUCGCCCGACGGGGUGACGACCAUCCGACCUGCAGGGUUCCCGGCGGACCUCGGACUCAUCUCACACGCGUUGUUUUCCUCCGACGGGAUGCGCGUGCUGGUCGUCAAAUUCACCGUGACGUUCCUCGUCCUGGAUACGCUCACCGGCGCGACGAUCGCCUCCCUCGACAGCGGCCGCUACCCGACGCUCUGCAGUGGCCCCUGGCUCGGGAUGAACGUGGUGCUUUCGGGCGACGGCCGCGUUGCGGCGAUACCGAGCCAAAGGUGGAUGUUCGAGGAGCGACCAGAGUGGUGGCUCUGGAGGCUCGAGGACGGGAUGCCGCCGCGCAAAAUGCUCGGACUGGGGGGCACUGGACCGGCCAGUGUGGGGAGAUGUGCGCUUUCCUGGGAUGGUUCGGUGGCUGGAUUCGCCGCUGCAGGAGGAGACGUGUUCUUCCGGAAUGUGGAGGACAGCUAG